AUGAGGAGGGAGAGGAGCCCCUUCAGAGCUGCUGUAGUGUGUCUGGGUCUGCUGUGUGUUCUCCUGCUGGCUGGGAUCACUGGACUGGGCCUCCACUAUCAAGGUUUCAGAGUUCAAUAUUACACUAGGAUGAGAGACCAACAGCUCCAAUACAGCAAUUUGACUGCAGAGAGAGACCAGCUAGAGACCAGUUACAACACCCUGAUUGCAGAGAGAGACCAGCUAGAGACCAGUUACAACACCUUGACUGCAGAGAGAGACCAACUAGAAAGGGAGAGAGGCCAGCUAGAAAACAAUUACAAGACCCUGAUUGAAGAGAGAGACCAGUUGAAGCACAAAUCUGACCAGCUGACUGAAAGAAUCAGAGUUAUUGCUAAAACUUGUCCACAAGGAUGGGAGAAGUUUGGCACCAGUUGUUACUAUAUCUCCACUGAGAAAAAAACCUGGGAGGAGAGCAGACAGGACUGUCUGAACAGAGGAGCAGACCUGGUGGUCAUAGACAGCCGAGAGGAACAGAGUUUUCUCCUUAGUUUUGGGACAACAGUCUGGAUUGGUCUGACUGACAAAGAUACAGAGGGAAUCUGGACCUGGGUGGACAGAUCACUGACCAAUGGAUCACCAAAAUUCUGGGCAGACGGGGAGCCAAAUGACGCACACAAGGAAGGGGAAGAUUGCGCCGAGCUUUACUUCCUUCCAAGAAAACCAUUAAUGUCCUGGAAUGAUAUACCAUGCAGUUUCAAAAAUCAUGCAGUCUGUGAGAAACAGGACUAAAUUUGACAGGUACAAGUCUAUCAAUAUUUUACAGUAAUAGUCUACAGAUCAGUUGCUGAGAAAACUAUUUAUUAUGGGGGUUUAGGUUUGAGUGCUCUGUUUUCUUCAUCAAAGUGCAUGAAAUGGAAAAUAUAAAUAUAAAUUCUUGAAGAGACAAACAUAUAAUAUUUUGUCUGUUUUGGUGAUAUUUAGAUUUUUCUUUUUACAUAUAUAUUUUGGCCUGCAAAACUAUUACUUUUCAAAUAUUUGAGAACUUCAAUUUUGUUACAGUAAGAAUCAUUUGAUGCUAACUCUGACUGGGAAAGUGCCAUGUAUGAAGCUUACUCUGGUUACUCAUACUAGUCCCCUCAAUGUACAGUAAGAAUCAUUUGAUGCUGGGAUAUACAGAACUGAAAUUAUAUGGGGGGUGUAUUUCAGGGCAGGGCUGUAGAAAUGAAGUGACAACUUUGAACUCAAUCAAAUUCCAGAACCCUGCUUUCUUGCCUUUUUCUAGAUUUGUGUUUUUGGUCACCCAGUAUUUAAAAUGUUAUGUUCUAGUUUAAAGGUGUUUUGCUCCUGUUUAUGUAAAAUUGCUUAACUACUGAACUGACUUCCGGAUAUACUUCAAUGCCUUCCGGAUAUAGUGAAAAUGUUCAUACACUCUUACAUUCUCAAAGCUUCUUACUCAUCCUUACAAGACUUGAGCAUUUCGUAUAUGAUUUUGUGAA